UAUGGACUUCAAAUGUUCUGUCCGUUUACAUGUAUUUCCGUUCUGGAUUAUAUAAUAUUUCAUACAAUAGUCAUAAUUUUCAAAACCUUUCAGUAAAAACUAUUGCUGACGCAGGGAGUCUCCUAUCCCUCACGCGUUUGCGUUUGUCCUCUUAAACUCGCACGUAUACUAUCAUGUGACCAGAAACGGCCAAUAAAGCCUUUCAAUACAACACCUUUUGAGCACCAUCCAAUCAACGAUCGCGUCACUUCCUUAACGGAACAACGUGGUGUGCUUGGUAGGAAGCAGAUGUAAGCAUGCAGUCGAACUUCCCGAAUCAAAAGUAGAACUUCGUGUUUUUAACCUUUUAUUAUGUCUAUGGACUUGACAUUCCUCGGGACGGGAUCAGCAUAUCCGUCCCCACAUCGUGGUGCUUCAGCAGUGGUUCUCCGUACCGAGGGAGAAUGUUGGCUAUUCGACUGUGGGGAGGGUACACAGACGCAGCUGAUGAAGAGUCAACUUAAGUCUGGUAAAAUCACCAAAGUGUUCAUUUCUCAUUUACAUGGAGAUCACCUCUUUGGCUUACCGGGGUUGUUGUGCACUGUGAGCCUCAACUCUAGUCCCACUCAACCCCCGAACUGUGUGGACAUAUAUGGCCCACUAGGCCUUAGGCAUUUCUUACGUGUUGCCUUGGAGCUGUCAGGCUCUCAGCUCCUUUUCCCUUAUGCCGUCCAUGAACUUGAGCCCACUGUAGACCAGUGCCCCCCUGAAGGCCUGUUAAGUCCCACAGUGACACAGAGCAGUGAAAGUCUUCAUCCUCAAGAGCGGCCAGGGCGAACUAUCUGUUUGGAUGGGGAGAGUGACUGCUACUUGCUUUUCGAAGAGAAACCUUUCACAGUGAAGGCUUUCAGGCUCUUUCACCGGAUUCCAUCCUUUGGGUUCUGUGUACAGGAGCAUGAUCGUCCUGGACGUCUGAACACCCAGUUAUUAAAAGAACUAGGACUGAAACCGGGACCACGGUAUGGGCAGCUCAAAAAUGGAGAGACUGUUACGUUGGAAAAUGGACAGGUGGUGAAACCAAGUGAAGUCUUGGAGCCAGCCAUUCCUGGCCGAAAAGUGUGCAUACUUGGAGACUGCAGCUCAAUGCACGGGGGAGGCGGACUGAAAGCAUGUAGAGGAGCAGACAUUCUUGUCCACGAGGCAACCCUGGCUGAUGGCCACCAGGAACGGGCUGUGGAGCACGGGCACAGCACACCAAGCAUGGCAGCAGCCGUGGCUCGUUCCUGUGAAGUGCGGCGCCUGGUGCUAUCCCACUUCAGCCAGAGAUACAAGCCUGUUAGGCUGCAAAAGGACAAUGAAGAGGACAAUAUCCUUGAGCUCCAGAUACAGGCUGAAGAUGGUUUGAGAGGCACUGUCACAGAGGUUGUGUUGGCUGAGGACUUCCUCACUUUGCCCAUACCGAUCAAAAGACCUUAGAAUUGACCUGAGAGUAGGUCACAAACCUAUUUGCUACUAAUGUUGCAAGCUUUUAUCUUAUAAAAAGUUAUCUGAUCAUGAAUUGCUGUGCCACAAAAGGUUAGUUUGACUGCAGAUUUGAGUUCAAACUAAACAAGAGCACUCAUCACUACAUGUAUCAGUAGUUGACGAGAUGUCCAUGUUGACUGAAUAAUUCUAUAAUAGAACUGAUGCACCGCUGCUCUGACCAACCUUAAACCUGUGGGCACAUGUUUGACACAUUUGGGUACCCAAUAUAUACAUUUCUGCAAUUGUAUGUUAUAGUCUCAUAAUAAAGAUGAAUUAUUUUGUA